CUGGUCUCCACAACACCGGCAACACCUGCUUUUUGAACAGCGUCCUCCAAUGCCUUCUCCACACACCUCCCCUCCUUCGCAUCCUCUCCGCACAUUCCAAGGCUGAUCCUUGUCGGGUGAAGAGUGGCUUUUGUAUGACAUGUAAUCUCCGGCAAGUUAUGCAAGAGUCGCAUUCGAAGCGGCAUGCGUUUACUCCCUACUUGGUGACGUCGAAACUACAGCUCAUCGCAAAGAGCAUGCGGAGAGGAAGGCAGGAAGAUGCUCAUGAAUUCCUAAGGUAUGCAGUUGACGCUCUCCAACGGUCUUGUCUGUCGGGAUACCCACCAAAAAUGGACCACAAGCUCGCCGAAACAACAUGGGUGCAUAAACUCUUUGGAGGUCGGCUCCGGUCCCGGGUAACCUGUCGAGACUGUGGCUACAAUAGCGACACUUAUGACAGGAUUCUGGAUUUGAGUCUUGACAUCUAUGGUUCAAACAGUCUUCGGGAAGCACUGAGAAAGUUUGUCACCGUGGAAUACCUCAAAGGCCAGGACAAAUACAAGUGCGAGAAAUGCAAAAAACCAGUCGUGGCGGAGAAGAAGUUCAACGUCCACGAAGCGCCCGUCGUGCUUACGAUUCAUUUGAAGCGUUUUUCGCCACUUGGGCGCAAGAUAGGACAUUUCAUUCACUAUGACGAACAUCUAGCGUUGCAACCAGCAAUGAGCGAAGGCUCAUUUGGUCCGUCGUACACCCUCUAUGGUGUCAUAUGCCAUGCAGGUGGAGGGCCAAACUCCGGUCAUUAUUACGCAUACAUCAAGAGUGCAAAUGGCCAGUGGUAUGAGAUGAAUGAUGACAUGGUGGCCCCGUCAAAAGUUGCGGUCGGCGUAAAGAACGCAUAUAUCCUAUUCUACAUGCGGGACAAAGGACAAUCGCUCGAAGCCGCUAUAACUCGUCCAAUGCCAGUCGCCAAGAUUAACGUGAUCGCGGGCAUGAAGAAGCGGAAAGCAAUGGAUGAUGAUGAAGAUGUUGGCACGAAGGCAUCGCGACCCUUCAUAGGGCCUCUUCUGCCUUCGCCUGUCCUGACCGGGUCCGAGCCCAAACGGCCCAAGCCAUCGCCCCCAGAUCUCCAAGCUGCAACGGUCAAAAAGAAAAUUGAUGCUGCGAAGGCAUCCACCGCCUUGUCAGCCCUCUCUCAGUACGACGAUGAAGAUGACGACGCCAACGGUGGUAGUGGAAUCAAGGCGCCAACCAGUGCAAGCAUGGAACAGGAUACUGAUUGUGGCACAAGAGAUAAUGCAUAUUUUACUGCAAGUAAGGAUCAGUCUGCUCGGAGCACCCCUCCUGCUACCCCUCCUCCUUCGGACACUGCCUCCUCAAGCACAAUACCCACAAGUAGCUUCUAUGCUUCAACAUCCGAACUUCCCGAAAAAGAGGCAUCAUUGCAUACUAGACAUAGUACGCCGGCGAGUGAUAACGAGCGCAGGCCAGCGAAACAUUUUGCACGGCAGCCAUUGUCUCCAAAACACUUCUCCAAGCAUAAACGGAAAUCCUUCAGCACUAACCCUUUCAAAGCUAUAGGCAGCAACAACCUGUACAGUUCAGACACACGACACAGUGGUUCCAAGGUGAUGCAACACUAUGGGAAGCGACCAAAGAUGUUGAUCUAGAUGUUCUCCAUAUUACAUACCUUAUGUCUAUUUCAUGCCACUUCUUGCUGUAUGUAUUUGGGGUAUGUAGGCCCAGGAGGCAUGUAUUUACAUCAAGAUGAUUACAAUGCUCCGCCACCGUAUCUCAUAGCUUCGACUUGAAUUUAUCUGCCGAGAACGUCGUCGUGUUUGGCUGGCCGUCCUUUUCCCACCAGACAACGGUGACCGUUGUGUCAUCGCGGUAGCUCCGGGCAAACGGCGAGGGGAUGCUGAGCAAGCGACGCAGGUUUGGUUCGUCCCCGCCACCGAAGGCGUUGCGGACAAGAUGCGAGCUGACGUUCUCGUCGACAAACGCCCAAGAGCCCUGGUGUGAGCCACGUUCCUUUUCCUUGCCCUCUACCGUGCGAGUACCAGUGGUCGUGGACACCACAUCAGCGAAUUUAGCCUUCGGGAAAGAGCCCUUUAGCCCUGCAAGGUGGCCGCCGACGAGGGCCACAACUUCCUCUGAUGUUAACUUGUCCCAAAGUCCGUCUGUAGCGAGCACGACGAAUUGACCAGCGCGGCCGGAAGGUAAUGAGGAGGCGUCCAAGGACAUUCGGCGGUGGGUCACAACGGGAGUGGCAGUCACGUAUGGCGGGGUCUUGAAUGUGGAAGGUGGCGGGCGGAGAGGUUGGCCAUUGCCAGCAAGGAAAACUUCACUCAGCACUGCCUGAACAUCCCGGGGCCACUUGUAACGGG